AUGUCGGGGAACAUUUUAAUCCAGCAGAAGCAAUCGUUGAUGAUUAAGCGCAUGCUCUCCGGCGACACUACGGCAUCUUCCGACGAUUUAAUGAUAGGCGACUGGAAGGUGCUAAUUUACGAUCGAGCUGGGAGAGACAUCCUCUUGCCAUUGUUCUCCGUCGCGCAGCUGAGGAAUCUCGGUAUCACGUUGCAUCUGCUGCUUCAUUCUGAUCGAGAGCCAAUUCCAGACUCGCCGGCAAUUUACUUCGUGAACCCCACUCCCGAAAAUCUUCAGCGCAUCUCCCGAGACUUAAAAGACGCCCUCUACGAAAGCUUUGAAUUGAACUUCAUUUCUCCGAUCAAGAGAGACAAGCUCGAAGAUCUUGCCCAGGCAUCGCUGUCUUCUGACUCCGCUCACCUCAUCUCAAAAAUAUACGAUCAAUACACGAAUUUCGUCUCGUUAGAAAAUAAAUUGUUUAUUCUCAGACACCAGCAACGCGAUGCCAUGUGCUAUUAUAACUUGAACAGGAAUACGAUCACAGACUCCGAAAUAAAUGCUGCAACUGAUCAAAUCGUCGACGGGCUCUUCUCUAUGCUUGUUAGCGUAGGCAUGGUUCCCUUCAUUAGGGCGCAGUGUGGAGGAAUCGCCGAAUUCGUGGCUCAAAAGCUCGAUCAAAAAGUGCGCGAUAACUUACGCGACUCAAGGAACUCGCUUUUCCAGCAAGAUACGGGCGCGUUGACUUUUAAUCGACCACUGUUAUUGCUUCUUGACAGGAAUUUCGAUCUGGCAACACCACUUGCUCAUUCUUGGACAUAUCAGGCGCUCAUUCAUGAUGUUCUUGAAACUGGAUUAAAUUCGGUGAUGCUCAAUUCCGAGGACAACAAAAAGUCAUCGUACGAUUUGUCAGAAAUGGACAGUUUCUGGAUGGAACACCGUCUUCUUCCAAUCAUCCCCAACGUGGCUGAAGCUAUUCACAAAGAGACUGAAGCGUGCACUCGUGAAGAAAGCAAAGUCAAAGACUUGAAAAAGGGGAUGGACUCGGACAACGUCGAUCUUCAAGACUCAACGAACAAGUUAACAAGCGCGAUCGAGAGCCUGCCCCAGAUUUUGGAGCGGAAGAGGAGAGCUAAUGCUCAUACGACUAUCGCAACAAGUAUACUUGACCAGCUCAAGUUGCGUGGACUGCAAGCACUUCACCAGGCGGAAGACAAGAUUCGCCAUGGAGGACGACCAGAUAGAACUAUUCUCGAGAUGCUCAAGGACGAGACGAUCGGCGAACCUGACGGGGCAGAUAAGCUACGACUUCUUCUUGUCUAUUUACUUUCAAACGAGUCUGUUACCGAAAGCAUCGACUCAUUGGAGAGCCCUUUGAAAGAAGCUGGCAUUGACUCUGCGGCUGUAUCCUACAUCAGAAAACUCCAAGUUGGCAUUAGCAACUCAAAAAAUGAGUCAAAAUCUGGCUGGGGAAACAAGGCUUUUAACCUUGCUAGUACCUUUCAUAAAAAUAUAAUUGGGAGCAAAAAUCAAGUGAAAGUGACGCGAGCGCUCGAUCAAAUUCUAACAUCAGAAGCUGACGAGUAUCGCUACUUCGAUCCAAAGAUCAUGCGACCGACAGACUCUAUGCCCAAGUCUAAACAGCCUAUCUCACAAGCGAUUGUUUUCAUGAUCGGCGGCGGCUCUUAUAUUGAAUACCAAAACCUUAUGGAAUAUGAAGAGUCGAGGCAACAAGACAGACUCGGCGGACAGAAGAUUUCAGUUAUAUACGGCGCUACGGAAAUGCCUACGCCCAACGAUUUCCUCAAAUAUCUGACGAAACUUGGAAACGAAUCUAUAUGA